UCUCUUUCAUUUCCCUGGAGGUCAGGCCAGCUGGUAUUUCACCUGUGCAGUGAAUGAAAUGCUUUAAACUAAAUCAAAUGAUGUGUGUCAAAGGGAAAAAAAUGGGUUUAAAUCUAUUAAAAUGAUGGUAUGACCACAAGAAAAAUAUUUUUUCUCCCUUGUCACACUCAUUCUAACUAUUCCUCAAUAUUAAUAUUGAAGAUGAACUUGCCCAAAAUUCAGGACUGUGUUUAGAACUUCUAUUUAAAAGUUUUAUAAUUAAAGCUUAAAUAGUCCAGUAAAUGGAAAGGAUCCUUAAAAAAAAUGUCAGUAUGAACAUACCUGGAAAAAUUGCUGGUGCUUCCCUGAAGUGUUCCUGUAUUUUGGUAUCUGUGUCUGCUUCUCUUCCUGCCAGGAAAAUAUUCCAGCCUUGGAGCAUCACUUUGGCAGCAAAAACAAUUUUCUAAAGUAGAAAAUGCAGGAAAUUGAACUUUUCAUUCAGAGCUGUCUUAAAAUCCAACCCUGCACAGAAAAAUAAAAUUAAAAAAUUUAAGUAAUGUAACUUAAAUUACCAUGCUAUGAACUUGGAUUUAAGUUUUUGAACUGGAAUUAAUGUCCCAGCUCAGUGUGAGGAAAAAAUAAAAUCAGAUCAGCCAGUACCAACUUCCUAAAAAAAAAUAUCAAUCCAGCUGAGUGCAGCUCACCAACCUUGUGACCCAGGAAUGGCCUCUGCAGGCAAAUUCCUGCCCUGAGGGAGAUUUGGUUAUUUCCAUGAUGAGCUGACCUCAAUUUAAAAAUGAAAUUAAUAAAAAUUAAUGUGUAUUUUACCAGAAUCAGAGCAGGGCACCUGAGUUUUAUCACCUCUGCCAGAGGAGCCCAAAUUUCUGUGACAAUGAAUUUGUAAGUCACUUGUAUGAUGCUGUUUGUAUUUACAAUGAUUUGUAAAGCAAUCUUUACUCCCUGAGUAAAGGAAAUCAGGGUGAGGGCAGAGGUUUGCACCCCAGUGCCCUCAGAGGGGAUUUGAUUAUUGCCCACUGAAGUUAAUUUAAUGCAUUUUACUAAACAAAUUCCUCCUCAUGCCUUCAAUCCCUCUGAGCUCUAUUUAAAGAGACUCCAGGAGCAGCUGAGCCUGGAUUCCCUGCUCCCCUUCCUUCCCCCAGGUUUAUUUUCCCCCACCAUGAAGGUCCCUGAAGGGCUCUGGCUGUGCCUGAGCUUUGGCUGUGCUGCCUCGUGUCUGUCAGCCCAGUUCAGGAGGCCUGGGGAUUUCAUCCUGGGGGGAUUGUUCCCCUUUGGCAAGGACACGGUGAACCUGUCAGCUCGUUCUCAGCCCACCCUGCUGCGCUGUGAGAGGUUAUUCACGGACGGGCUGAUCUGGGCUCUGGGCAUGAGGUUUGCCAUCGACCAGAUCAACAAUUCCAGCUCGCUGCUGCCAGGAAUCAGGCUGGGAUAUGACAUGUAUGACACCUGCUUCGAGCCCCUGGUGGCCCUGCAGCCCAGCCUGCUGUUCCUGACCCGCAGGGGCACCUCAGCCAUCGGGGUUCUGUGCAACUACACCGAGUACGAGCCGCGCGUCACCGCCGUCAUCGGGCCCCACAAGUCAGAUCUCUGCCUGCUCACGGCCAAGCUCUUCAGCUCCUUCCUCAUCCCACAGGUGAGCUAUGGAGCCAGCAGUGAGAGCCUGAGCAACACGGAGCUGUACCCGUCCUUCUACCGCACCGUGCCCGGGGACAAGAACCUGGUGGAGGCCAUGGUGCUGCUGCUCCACCAGUUUGGCUGGAACUGGGUGGCCACGGUGGCCAGUGAUGAUGAGUAUGGCAGGGGAGCCCAGGCUCUGUUCCUCAGCAUGACCGGCACUAACAACAUCUGCAUCGCCUUCGAGGGGCUCAUCCCCGCUGAGCUGACCGAGCCCAGCGCCAGGAAGCAGCUGGAAAACACAAUUAAGUUAAUUAACAGCUCUAAAGUGAAUGUUGUGGUGCUGUUUGCUCACAGCCUGCCUGCACAGGCACUGCUGGAACACAGCAUCAGGAUGGGGCUGGGCAAGAAGGUGUGGAUUGGCACCGAGGCCUGGAUGCUGUCGGACAUCGCCGCCUCCACCCCCAACAUCCAGAGCAUUGGGACAGUGCUGGGCUUUGUCAUGAGGGCAGGGACAGUCCCUGGCUUCCAGGAGUACGUGGCUGAGCUCUUCAGCUCUCUUAGGCAGGAGGAAUUCUGUCGGAAAUCCCGGGAGCUGAGCGGGCUGGUGAACGCCGAGGUGCUGGACACGCACUGCCAGCAGUGUGACCGUGUCACCCUUGGGGACAUCUGGCCCAUGCUCAUGGUGACCCUGGUGCAGCCAGUGCAGGUGGCCGUGUACAGCGUGGCCCAUGCCCUGCACAGAGCUCUGGGCUGCACCUCCAAAGGCUGUCCCAAAACACCCAUCAGGUCCUGGCAGCUGCUGCACUUCAUGAACACCCUCCCCUUCGAGGUGAACGGCCAGAGCUUCAGGUUUGAUCAAUCCCACGGCACAAACACAGGCUACAAACUCAUCUUCUGGGCCUGGAGGGACGGCACUGUCACCUACCUGCCCGUGGGGGACUAUGACCAGUCCCUGUACAUCCGUAAGUCAGAGAUCCAGUUCCACACCGCAGAUAAGAAGGAGCCCACAUCCGAGUGCUUCAGGCGCUGCCAGCCAGGACAAUUCAGAAGAAUCAAAGGGUUCAACCUCUGCUGCUAUGACUGCACAGACUGUUCAGAAAACACCUUCUUGAGCAGCACAGACAGCACCAGCUGCUCCCCGUGCCCCCAGCAGCAGUGGGCCCCAGCCCGCAGCACUCAGUGCCUCCAGCGCGGCGAGCGCUUCCUCUUCUGGCGCGAGCCCCUGGCCGUGGCCCUGCUGACUCUGGCGGCCCUCACGGCGGCCCUGAGCUGUGUGGCAGCCCUGCUGUUCCUCAAACACCUGCACACCCCUCUGGUGCGGCAGGCCGGGGGUGCCAGGAGCGUGUUGGGCCUGCUGUGGCUGCUGCUGCAGGCCCUGAGCUGCGGCCUGUACGUGGGCAGGCCCAGCGCCGCGCUGUGCGCGCUGCAGCAGCUCUCCUACGCCCUGUGCCUCAAUGGCUGCUUCUCCACCCUCCUGCCCAAGGCUCUGCACAUCACCCUGCUGACAGAAUUCCCCCAUUGUGCCCCCAGGCUGCUGUGCUGGGUGAGCCAUGGCAGGGCCUGGCUGCUGGUGGUGGUGUCUCUCCUCAUCCAGGUGUUGCUGUGCUGUUGCCACCUGUACCUGGGCCCUGAUGAGCUGGUUGUUGAUUAUAAAUCGCUGCCCAGCGAGGUGCUGCUGGUGUGUGGCACCCAGUCCUGGGCUGCUUUUGCCCUCCUGCACGGCUACAACAACUGCCUGGCCUUUAUCUGCUUCCUGUGCACCUUCAUGGUGCAAACCUCAGGCAGGAGGUACAACGUGGCCAGGGGCAUCACCUUUGCCACCCUCAUCUGUUUGGUCGUCUGGAUUUUCUUCCUGGUGAUUUUUGCCACGCUCAGGACGGUCCUCAGGGCUGUGACACAGAUUUGCACCGUCCUGGCCACCGCCCUGGGCAUUUUGGCUAGUUAUUUUUUGCCCAAGUGUUACAUCCUGGUGUUCAGGCCCGAUCUGAACACGGAGGAUUAUUGCCAGAACCUCACUGAGGAGGAGGCAGAGGUGAGCAGACAAUAAACCAUCCCCUCUGGCAGAUUUUAAAGAGAAAAUUCUGUUUGUGACCAGAGCUGUGAAAACACAGGGCUCAGCACUUGCAGCCUUUUCAGCCCCAAAAAGGAGCCAAAAAUAGGUUCAGGUAAUGAAACAACCUCCAGAAAUGAUAUUUUACAUCAUCUCAGGCCUGGCAAUGUGAGCCUCACCAACACCACUGCCCUGUAAAUUCUGGUAAUUUCCCUUUCUCAUUAAUCAACAGCUCCAGAGAUAAAUUCAGGAAUCCUUUCCCAAGCCUUGUUAAGAAUUUACAAAUAUAUCCAAUAAAAGUGAAGUAAAAGGAACAUUCUGACAGGUAACAGCAGCUCUGUGUAAGAUACAAAGGGGGGAUAUUAAACAUUCAAAUCCCAGCUCACUCAAUUUGAGUUUCAUGGAAAUCAGGGGGAGGCUCAUGGAAAUGAGCUCUGUGCAAAUCCAAAGGCAGGGCAGGAGGUUCCUCCAUCCCAAAAAACAGGCAAAGAUCACCAAAAACUUCACAUGGUUGCAAGCAGGACCAAGUCCCUGUCCAGUCACAUCACCAAGAUUUUUCUUUUCCCCACUCAUGUUGUUAAGUAACUAUUCUGCUCUUUUAUUCCUUAAAAGUUUUUCCAUUUCUGCUCUUUUAUUCCCUAGAUAAUUUUUUUUCCAUCUCUCCACUGUGUGUUACUUGAAUUUAAUCAGUCCAGCUCAAUUAAAGAAUUUGCAAAUUAAUCU